AUAGGCCCUAAAGUCACUUAACCAACUAUAGAUUAUGUUGAACUUUGUUUCACUUACUCAUUUUAAUCGGGGUUUGUCGACGGUUAAGUGUGCAAGGGGUUGUUUUCGUUUUACCUCUAACGUUAGUAGUUUACAGCCAGACUAACGUUUAUUUUGUUUGUUAUUGUUUAAUUUAUGGUAAAGUGUUUAUGGUUUAAAUCGAUUAAGAAUUUUGAUGAGAACAUGGACCACUGUGGAGCUGUAAACAUUUAGUCUGUCUUUCCUGUAAUACAAUAAUGUAUCAUUCACUGCAAGACUAUUUCAUUGCUCCUGAAGCCCCUGAGCUUGGUGGCAUGAUCACACCAGUCAAAAUCAUACCUAAAGCAGCUCACAAUUGGACAACUGGGUCAGGCAGAAAGAUUUCAAACCGAGAUGUGUUGGUGAUGAACUCCACUGCAAAGAAUGCUGAAGAAAACAGCUCAAAUAUCCCCUGUGAGAUCAGCAGCAUCAAUGCCACGGUGGAGGAAGCCCCUCAAGACAAAGCUGACCUGAUGUUGAAGAGAUGCAAUGAGACGCCGGCAAAGAUUUUUGCAAGAAUGAAGGCAAAAGUUCAGAGACAAAACUCUGCAGGGCAUGGGGUAGCUUCUGAUCAUGAUGAAAACCAAGAGAUUUGUGGCAGUAUCCACUCGAAUCCUGUAAAACAGUACUCACAAAAGAAUAACGCAAGCCAGGAGACCUAUGUGUUAGCCCUCUCUCCUCCACAGUCACCGGGAGGAGAUGCACAGAAUGGAGAUAUAGAUUUACCACAAAAUAGUAAUUCCAUCAGUCUUCAUAAAGUGCCUGGAAGACAACAUGAAACCUUUAACAUGGAUUCAGAGUCAUUUAUUAAGCCAUAUGUCUUGCUUGAGAACACACCUGGGGAGAUGUUAUCGGAGAUGAAAGCAAGGCAAAAGCAAAUGCCAGAGAAUCUUUCUAAAAGAAACAGACAGCCUCGUGUGCUGUUGGACAAGGUGGUUCCUGAUGAGACAUUAACUCAACUUCCAUGGAAGCCCAUCACUUAUGUCAGCAGUUCAAAAGACAGAAAUAAAGGUGGUGGUGUUUUUGGUGAGUGGAGCAUUUCUGUAGAAAAGGAGAAUGAAGGAGAACUCCAAAAAGACAUGUCCAGUAGUCCUGAGUCUGAUCUGACUGACCAGUCGGAGUGCACAGAAGGGGUCCCUGGACCCCCCGAGCCCCCUCAUAAUCUACUGGAGGAUCCUCUACUACAGCUCUCUCCUCGGGUGUUGAUCCCACAAAAGAAACUGUCUGUGUUUCAGUCAAAACAACAAGCUAGACAAGCAGACGUAGCUCUAGAUGAGGAAACAAAUGUGAGAGGGAUCCAUUUAAGACACUGGGUUUUGAAACUGCUCAACAAUGACCUUGUGGUUGAUGGUAUUCGCGUAGAUACUAUGAUACCUUGGCAUAGCAGUUUUAUCAUCGAAAGAGUCUCAAGUAAUGUUCUCAAGACGUCAUCCGGCAGAACCUACGUCCUCAUUGGGAAAAUGGCCAAACAUCCCAAUUCAUCAUUUCCAUCAUGGUUUUUGAAGAAAUUUCUCUUUGGGUUUCCAAAAAUGUGGAAGGAGUACCUGGAUCAGGUUUUGAGUUGUCAUAGGGGACCACAAAAAAAUCAGGAUAACAGUGUAAAAACUUCCAAAACUAAAAAUCAACAGGCCUCUAAAAACUCAACAUCCAAACAUUCCAAAAUUCAGAGCGUUGUAACCUCUCCCAUCACUCCCACUGACAGCGUUCAGCAGGGCAGUGCAAAAGUUUCCCGCAGCGGCCGACUCAUCAAACCUCCACUGGACUACUGGAAAGGAGGGAGGAUUGUUAUGGACUCUGACAUGAAUGUCACCGUUCAUGAGGACUACUCUACCUCAAUGCCGUCCACGCCAAAGAAGCCAGUAACUAUGGCAAUAUCAAAAAUCAUAGAGGAACAAUCAUCCAGGCCUGAAACUCUGGGAAGAGGGAGGCGUAACACGUCUAGCAGUGAAGAUGAAUUGUCAGUGCCACAGAGAAGGAUCAAACAUAAUUCCAAACUCCAAAGAAUGGUCCAGAGCAAUCCACCCCUAACUGAGAGUACAAAACUAAAUAAACCUCCAAGAGCUCAGAAAGGACCCCUGGUUAUGGCUCUCAGCUCUAAAUUGGGUCAUGGCAUGAAACAAAAAGCUAUUCGACCUCAAAGAGCCUCUCUGAGAAAGCAACAAUCAAGAGGAGAGGAAAACGCAAUGGGCUCAGAGUCAGAAAUGAUGGAGAACACAAAGAUUGAUUCAGUGAAUGGUCAUUUCGCACCUAGGGAUGGAUCAAUGUCAUAUGAUGAACAGGAAACAGGGUCUGAGAAUGAUCUAAAGCCAAAGCACAAGAAGAAGUCUUCCCAGAAGCAAAUUCAGGAUGAACCACAAUCCAUGCCACACGACAGCAGUUCUUUACGCCGAAGCGCUCGGAUAUACUCCAAAGCCCAGUACUCUACUGACUCAAACAGCUCAUUUGCAUCUCCAGACCCUCCUAAAUGGCAAAAAGGAAAAGGGUCCACAGACCAUAAACCACUAACAAAUCCUCAUAAGACUGAGACUUCUGUGGUGAAAAACUCUACUAGUCAUAAAGAACAAAAUCAACAGGACUCAACAGUGAGAGUUUUACGUAGACCACAAAAGACCUCUCAGAGAAAUUCAGAUGUUUUGGUAGGAGAUUCUAUUGAUUUUCCCACUUAUAAUGAUGAUGAAGAAAGAAGGCGACACAACAAGAAGCCUGCAGACCGCAAACUGCUAACAAAACCUCAUAAGACUGAGACCUCUGUGGUGCAAGACUUUACCAGUCAAAAGGAACAAAAUGAACAGGACUCAGUGAGACGUUCACGUAGACCAAAAAAGAUCUUGCAGAGAAACUCAGAUGAUGUUUUGGUCGGAGAUUCUAUUGAUUUUCCCAAAGAUGAUGUAGAGAGAAGGCGACACGACAAAAAGCCAAGACAAAGGAAAGCUAAAUCUGAACUCAAAACAAAUGGCCACCUUGCAUUCUCAGAGGAAAUGCAUUCUGAGCACUCGGAGGGUGAGGAAAGUGUUCAACACGCUGUUUCAAAUAACAAAUCAAAGAAAUCUGAAACCGGAAAAGCAAACACUAGAAGCAAAAAGCCACAAACAGAAAGCAGAAUUAUGAAUGAACCAGAUGAGCUGUUGGAUGGAAAUUGGACUGAAGAAGAGCUACAAAAACUGCACGAGGCUGUCAAUUUAUUGCCCAAGCACAAGAGUGGUUACUGGGCAAAAGUUGCGUAUAUUGUCGGCACUCGUUCGGCUGAAGAGUGUCAGGAACAGUUUAAUUCCAAUCAGAAGACUAACAAAAGAUCCAGAAAAAGAGCUCAGAAAGCAGCAGCAACUGAUGAGCCAGGAAAGGAAAUAGUUGAAAUAACUGCUAAAGCCGGAACACUUAAAAGGAGGCAGCAGAUGAGGCAUUUCUUGGACCACAUGCCUAAAGAUAACCAUGAUGAUGUUUUUGCCAACUCACCAAUGCACAAUAAACAAAUCAAGUUGCCUGUAUUUGCUGCAAAUGGAGAUAAAGAUUUCAGCCUGCUUCAGAACCCUCAGACGCCGAGUUCUAGCAUUUCUUCUGCUGCUAAAACCCCUCAGUGUCUGCACAUCAGCCCAGGAAUGCUGGGAUCCAUCAACCGGAAUAACAUGGACAAGUACAUUUACCAUCUUCAGAAGAACCAGAAGGGACGGAAACGGGUCAAAAAGGCUGCCCCAGUGGACAAGCUUACACCAACUCCAGUAGUAAAGAAGACGCUUAAGAGAUGUGUUGCUGAAGAUGAAGAUUUUGUGGUGUGGAACAUGCUGUCAGAUAAAGAUAUCCCAUCCAGAGAUGAUGACAGUGAUGAGGAGGACGAUUAUUUUAUGGACUGCUGCUGAGUCUCACUAAAUUUCAGUGCUGUUAAUCAUUAUUUUACAAUAUUUUAGCUUCCACGUUUCCAGUUGUUUUUAAGUGUGUCUUGGUUUGUCGAACACCAGUGCUCAUGAAACGUAACGUUUUCUAGCUCUAGCUCACAAAACAUCUGAAAUGAAGAUUUGUAAUUUGCCUUGUUUGACCAGUUCUUCUACAGUGCAGUGUUUAUCAGUGAGUUGUAUAUAUAAUUUUUUUUUUUUUUUGAAGUUCAAAUCUUUAGAUUUUGUUCCAUAAUUCUGAUGAAAAAGGAUAAACUCAGUUCGGUAUAUAGAAAUGCAAAAGAAAUAAACGGAGCAAUUCCAAUAGGGUCCUCGCACUGCAGUGCUCGGGCCCUAACAAGUUCUAAUUAAUUCCUCUGGUGUGAAAGCAACAAGUUGAAAAUGCCACAUUUUAGAUUCUUUUAUUUGAUUAUAUUGUAAAUAAAUAUAUAAGCAAAUACAAUGUAUGAACAAAUAAAAUGGUUAAAACUUAUUUUCUCCACCAGUUUUACUCAAGUAUGUUGUGCUCACAGCUCUGUCUUCGUCACGUUGUUUAUAAAUAUGUUUUUGGAAAAUGUC